AUGUACAACUACGCAAGAGCGUACGCAGCAGCUUUUUCGGAAAGUUACAAAAAGGCUUGUGACUUGUUGGACCACUCGGCGGGAGGUAGCGGGGCGUGUUACGGCAACUACGGUCCCCGUUCUGCAACCGUCAGAGGACGAUGUCCGCAUUCGGCUCGCGUCGGGAGCGGUAAUCCACCCAGAGGUGAUACCCGGGGAAGAUCGCGGAAUGCCGGUCAGCCCAUAACUGGCUCCCGGCGGGUGUCCCCAAGUGGAUAUGUCCAUCGCCAGAUUGAUUCCGCUAAGGAUGAGCGGAAUCUUAAGCCACCCUUACAAGGCCCUCAAGUCAAGAGGCUUUUCCCCCUUCGGCGUCAACUUCAACGCAACAAGGUUCGACCUCUCAACACCGACGGUCCCUCGUUGACACCAGAAGCACGCCCGCCCCGCCCCAGUGCCCGAGUUGACUCGGCCCGCUACGCCAUGUUCACUGCCUCAUCGCAAAUCUCAAAUACCAACCGGGGAUCAGGCAACUUGGUCGUAGUCGGGCAGUCCUGUAAGCUGACGAACAUCAACAGCGACAGGACGAGCUCGUGUCCCCCAGUAGACGAUGAUGACAGGCCGUCAUCUGUCGUCUCAGGCCAGGCACGUGUCCCACCAAGAUCAAGGCCCAAGCGACCGUGGACAUCGAGACUUCGAUCCCUCUUUGCUCCUCGGAAUCGCGAGCGCAUGACCACCGUUCAGCCCUUCGUUACACCACAAGGGCAAUCGGAAGGUCAAGUCAGCCGACCUAGGUCACCGAAAGAAGACCAUAGUGACCCAGGUCAAGUUAGUCGACCUUGGUCACUGAAAGAAGACCACAGUGACCCAGGUAAAGUCAGCCGACCUAGGUCACUGAAAGAAGACCACAGUGACCCAGGUCACCAGAGCCGGUACACCAGCGCUCUGAUGAAGAAUCGAGAAGCAAAGGGAUUUGGAGGAAAUGCAUCGACUGGAACGAUGUAUCGUCGGCAAGGCAGUGCUGCCCUGGCUACAAGACCAGCCUCUUGCGCCGACCAGCCACUCCCGAUCCCAGGAGUACCUCAAUUAGACUGGGACCAUCUGCAGUCAAGUUCUCUCUCUGCUCUGAUGAGUGAUAAUCCCAUCUUAUCGCAGGAGCAGGAGGAGGUUACGAGCCUCAUCGUCAACUACGAUGAUGGGUCACUCCUUACUCUAACUCCCAGGGAUGCUUCCUUAUGCAAUUCGUCUGUCUCCAUCUUGCCUUCGUUUCCAUCUCAGAGGCAAGAACCAGCGAUGGAGGAUGGAAAACCAGCAUCAGAUGAGGAAGUAGAAAUCCCUAACCCGGAUCCUCUGACGUCGAUCUCAAGAGGUGAUGACAAGUCUUCUGAAAUCAAAUUGACACCGCAACCAUCCCCAAUGCAAGACAGAGAAGGUGAAGACAUGACACCAGAUGACAACUCAGUGUCGAAGCCAGUCUUGCAGUCUCUAUCUACCGAGGGGACUUGUGGGUCCUCUGAUUUCACGCCGUGCUUAUGUCUAGAGGUUCAGGAACAAGUACAAGAAGAUCAAGAUGUAGCACACAAUAAUGCAGAAUCCACCUUGAAGUCUGUAGCACCUUGCUCUACCGCAACAAGUGAGGAAUCUCCUACCAACAUCCUCAUUUGUCACCUGGAUAGGCUUCAGGCCGAAGUCGUUGAAGAUGGCGACAGAGCAUCAGAUCUUGAAGGCGCAAAUUCAAGACACGAACCUACAUCCCCUUCAAGAAAUGAUGCACCAUCUUCCCCAACAACAUCAACCUCUUCCGUAAUGUCAUCGGAUGAAAACAGAACCCCUGAUGACGGGAAACCAUGCACUUUAAACGAAGUCCUCAUCUCUGCCUUGCCCAGUCUUACAUCUGCAAUCUAUGAGAAGGAGGCCUUGGAGAGGCAUGGAGACGAAAGAUCUGAUGAUGAAGAAUCACCCAAGCAACAAACAUCCGCAUCUUCAUCGACGAGAAGUAGUCUCUCCAACCCAGUGAAAAGUUUUUCAAUGUCACCAUUAUCAGAAAGCACAGAAUCAACAAUCAAGCAGGAUGAAGACAUGGUAUCUGAGAAUGAAGGACUCAUCUUGGAGCCUCUUCUUUCGUCAGAAAAUGACAUCACACCCUCAAUCCCAAUGGCAACCUCGUCUUUGGCAACAUCACAACAUCACAACGAGGUGGGAGAAGGUGGAGACGAUAUUGAUGGUUUGGAAUCGAUCUCGAAGCCAAUGUCUCCAUCUGAGCUCAGUGUGUCCACUGCAUCUACAAGCUCCUCUUCGUCUCAGAGUCUCGGACCAGGAACGGAGGAUGAAGACUUCAUCUACGAUGAUGGCAGAGAAGGUUCCUCAUUAUCAUCCAUGAGAGCUGCAGGCACUGCUAGUGAGGAAUUUCAAACCAGGAAAGCCAAAGAUAUAAUUCGCGAAUUGAACCAAAUGACCUCAUCGACGGAGGACGUAGAGUCACGUAAUGAGUGUGUGAAAUCAGCAUCUCCAGCAAAUCCUGCCAAGAAACCCUCAGAUAUCGAGGAGGCUAGGGGAACAUCAAGUACAUCAUCACAGGCCCUGGAGGACGCCUUGAGUCCUAGACAGGUGGCAUCUUCAAAAGAUUCGGAAUUGUCAUCAUCCAUAAUUGCAAGGAAGGAUUCCAAUGAAUGUUUGGAGGAUCUUGAAGGAAACGCUCAGAAGAGUGACGCAACAUCAAGUACAACAGCACAAGCUCGAAUGGACAUCUUAAGUCGUCAAGAGACUGCAUCUGCAAGAGAUUUUGAAUCUCCUUCAUCUGUAAUUGCAAGAACAGAUUCCACAAACCUUUUGAAUGAUCUCAAAGGAAAAGCUCAGGGGAGUGAAUCAACACCAAAUACAGCAGCACAGGUUCAAACAGAUAGCGCAAAUCUUCAAGGGGCUGCAUCCGCCAGAGAUUUAGUAUCUUCUUCGUCCAUGGUUGCAAAAGAAGGUUCUAACAAGAAUUUGGUGGAAAUUGCAGGAAUAGAACAGAAGAGCGACUCAGAUCGGCAAGAGCCAACACCAGCUGGAAAUCAUGCAUCUUCAGUUUCAAAUCUCUCUGAGAAGAAUUCAACUUCAACUUCACCAAGGGCAAUUGUGCCUUCGUUAGAAGAAAACCAGCAUUCACUACAACCGAACAUCUCGAAGAAAUCACCUUCGAAGGAUGCAUCAGCGGAUGACAAGAAAUCAAGCAUUGCCAAUGCAUCUUCUGCUCAGACAUCCCAGGCAACCGAAGGUCCUCAAGACGGAAUACCAGAACUCACACCUGCUGCUUACCCCUCUAUCGAUCCUAGCGAGUUAGAGUUCAUUCUGUCUGACAAAGGAGGACGGGUGAUGCUUGGGUGUGGUAACUAUGGUGAAGUCUUACUGAUGCGUCGUCAAGGAGACACCACUCUGCUUGCCGUAAAGGUACUGACAAGGAGCUUCUCACUCUUACAGCAAGAGGUGGCAGCCAUGCAUGCGGUGAUGAACUGCCCGUACUUCCCCAAGUUUGUAGGAGUCAUUGACUACUGUUCGUACGCCCAGGAGCUAGUGGGUGGAGUCGGGAGGAACACGGCUUACAACUUCAGCAAGGCGCGGUACGACUACAAUCUCUUGAACGCGUUAGAGUGGCUACACGUCUGCCGUGAUGUCACGGAGGGACUCAAGGCUUUACACGCUGCUGGCUGGCUUCAUAACGACCUACACUGCGGUAAUGCCAUGGUGUGUCCCAAUCCACCAGGCUCGGAGGUGGCUUGGUGUGGCAAAAUCAUCGACCUAGGUAACGCCCAGCGGACUUCGAAUCCAGGCCCACUGGUGAUCCUGGAAUAUGAGGAACAGAAUAUGUUCUACAAAGUUGCCAAGCAGUGUGCUCCCGAGGUGCUGGAAGGCAGAGGCACGUUCACCGAGAAGUCCGACAUCUACAGUCUUGGCAAGCUCUUCGUGGAUGUAGCCGGUGAUGCAAACAUCCUCCACGGUCUUCGUCUGCUGGGUGAGUUCUCCUGCAUGAGACGCAGCCCCGGUGCUCGCCCGACACUGGAAGCCAUCUCACUGAAACUUGACCAUCUCAUUGCGCAGCUGUUGGAGGCUCACCAGCAAUCUUCCAGCGCUACUCCUGCUCUUCCUUCCUCUUCCUCUCCUUCUUCUAACCUUCGUCGCCAUCUUUCUUAAAUUAUCAAAACCAAAAUCGCACAGAAAAAAGG